AUGUUACUAAGCUUUAGAGCUGCUCAUGGACACUCUUCACGAUUAAAGGGUGGUAGAAUCAGGUGCUUGGAGAGGGAAAGAGAGGCUCUUCUCAAGUUCAAAGACGAGCUUGUUGAUGAAUAUGGCCGACUUGCUUCUUGGGGAACCCACGAAGAUAAGAAGGAAUGUUGCACAUGGAAAGGUGUCCGUUGUCAUAACCAAACUAGUCAUGUUAUUGAAUUGGAUCUUCGUGGUUCAUUUGACGGCCAUCUAAGAGGUAACAUCAGCCCAUGGUUGCUUGAAAUACGCCAUUUGAAUUAUUUAGAUCUCAGUUAUAACGAUUUCAAUGGUAGCCGAAUUCCAAAAUUCAUUGGCUCCUUUGGCAGAUUACAACACCUUGAUCUGUCCGAUUCUAAUUUAGGAGGGCACAUUCCGCAUCACCUCGGCAACCUUUCGGAAUUGCAAUUUCUUAGUGUCGGAUAUAAUUCAAUGUUAACAAGCACAAACCUUGAUUGGCUUUCUACACUUCGUUCGUUGAGCCACCUUGACCUGAGUCAUGUUAACCUCACGUUUGCAACUGAUUGGUUACCAACAAUGAGUAAACUAACUCGUCUCCAAUUGUUACACAUGUCAUCCUGCCACCUACCUCCGCUCGUUGAUCCCUUGCCUUCAAUGAUCAAUGCUUCUAAUUUUCUUUCUGAUCUUUCUCUUUAUGCAAAUAGUCUACCCUCUUCUUCGGUAUUCCCUUGGUUGUUUAACUUCAGCAGUAGUCUUAUUAACCUUGACGUCAGGCUCAACAAUUUACAAGGUCCUAUUCCUAAUGCUAUUGGGAACAUAGCAUCACUUGAGGAUCUUGAUCUACAUGUUAGUUCCAAUAUUUUUAAUGGGACUCUGACAGAAAGAAUUGGAAGCCUCUCUAAGCUUGAGAAUUUGAAUCUUCGUGAAAAUCGUUUCGAAGGUGUAAUCACAGAAGCCCAUUUCUUUGGUCUCUCCCGGUUAAACUUUUUACAGUUGGAAUCCAACUUAGAUAUAUCUUUCAAUUUUAGCUCCGGAUGGAAUCCUCCCUUUCAACUGACAUUUCUCUGGUUGGGGGAUUGCAAACUCGGGCCACAUUUUCCUGCAUGGCUUCACACACAGAAGCAAUUACGUUAUCUUGACAUCUCUAAUGCUGAAAUUCAUGACGCCUUACCUGAUUGGUUUUGGGAUCUCUCUCCAACAUUAUAUUUUUUUAACGCAUCACAUAACAACAUUCACGGCAUCCUUCCUGAUUUAUCUUCAAAGUUUUCCACUGACACUACGUACAUAGAUUUGAGCUCUAAUCAGUUUAAUUGUUUAUUACCAAGUUUGCCUCUUAAAGGAUCAGUACUGGACUUUUCAAAUAACAAAUUCUGGGGCUCAAUUACUGAUUUAUGCAGUGUAGCUAGUUCUUGGGUUUAUCUUGAUCUUUCCAAGAAUCUAUUGUCAGGGCAACUUCCAGAUUGUUUUGCAAAUCAGAUGAGCUUAAAAUUUCUCAAUUUGGCAUAUAAUAAUUUCUCGGGAAAGAUUCCUUUGCCAAAUAACAUUUCUUCUUUACAUUUACAAAACAACAAUUUUACCGGAGAAAUCUCAGCAUCACUGAGGAAUUGUACAUCUUUACGUUUUCUUGAUCUUUCGAAAAAUAAGUUGACCGGUGAAAUACCUACAUGGUUGGGAGAUCAUUUGUCAAAAUUGGUCCUUCUAAAUCUGCGUUCCAAUCGGUUCCUUGGUACCAUUCCUUUAAACUUGUGUUAUUUACCUCGUUUACAAGUCCUAGACAUCUCUUCCAACAAGAUUUCUGGUGCUAUACCGAAAUGCCUAAGCAACCUCACUGCUAUGGUUCAUCAAGUGGAGUUUGAGUCGGAUCAAUUCAAUUAUCCAAUGGAUCACGUUGAGGGUGCAGAAUUGACAUGGAAAAGACAGGAAAACGACUACAUAAAGAGUGUUAAACUGAUGAAACUCAUUGAUCUUUCAAGCAAUACUUUAGUCGGUGAAAUUCCUCCUGAAAUUACAGGUCUUGCGAGUCUGGUUGCGUUGAAUCUUUCAAGAAACAAUCUAAGCGGACUCCUUCCUGUGAAGAUUGGACAAUUAAGGUCUUUGGAUUUUCUAGAUUUGUCAAGAAACCACAUUUCUGGUGGUAUUCCUGACGGCCUUUCUCAAUUGGAUGGGCUCGGAGUGUUGGAUUUGUCAUAUAACAAUCUGUCGGGCAAAAUUCCAUUCAUUGCUCAUUUACAAACUUUUGAAGCAUCGGCAUAUGUGGGAAAUUCAGGACUUUGUGGACCUCCACUUACAAAACCGUGUCCAGGAAAUGAAAGCUCUCUAGAUCCAAAGUUCAACGAAAACGAAAAAGGGAUAGAAAGUCCAGAAGAAGAGGACGAAUUCAUCACUCUAGGAUUUUACAUUGCUAUGACACUUGGAUUCAUUAUUGGAUUCUGGGGAGUAUUUGGGACUUUACAGCUCAACAAGUCGUGCAAGUCUGCAUUUUUCGGAUCAAUGGAGUGGUUGUACGUAAAGAUAGUCGUCAAUAAAAAUCGUCUGCAAAAUUAUUUUGCAUUUUUGUAA